AUGACCACGAACAUGGACGAGAAGCUUCCCAGCUGCGUGACCAUCACGCCCUACGGCAAGAUGUUCUUCGACGAGAACGGGCGCAUCUGCGCGACCUUCGACAAGAAGGGCAACGGCUACGCGAGCUUUCCCAGCGGCAACGUGGCGCUGACGCUCACGGACCUCGGCGGGAGCAUCUGCGACGACGACCGCGACAUCGUCGAGGAGUGGCUCUGGCGGAAGCCGCCGCACGGCCCGCGGAGGCCCUUCUCGCUCCGGCUCUGCGGCCAGCUGAGCCUCCUCUUCGAGGGCCGCUACGACAACGCCGUCGUCUGCUCCAACGGCGCGCGCGUCCAGUGCGGGCGGCCCGGCUCCACGCGCGACGGCACCUACAUGGACCGCGUCGAGGGCCGGCACCCCGACGGCCGGCUCAAGCUCCGGCUCGCGGGCAAGAACGCGCUCUCGCUGACGCAGCGCCAGCAGCACGCGACGCGGCCCGGCGGCGGCCAGCUGGCGCUCGUGCAGGAGAAGCACUGGCACCUGCCCAAGGUGAGCCCCGCGGAGGCGCAGCAGAUAUCCGCGCGGUUCCCGAAAGGCGGCGACCUCGCGGUGACGAACGUCAACAACGACUGGAUCGCCGCGCUCAACGACUCGGGCAAGAUCAAGCCGGGCGAGAACCUGUGGCGGACCCAGCUCAUCAAGACCAUGGCCGAGCCCCCGGACACGACCGGCGGCUCGCCCUUCGCGCACACCCAGGGCUUCGUGCCCUUUGGGAGCACGGGCGGGCCGGGCGUCGGCCAGCGCUGCGUGGUACCACUUUUAUUGCGCCCGCGCGCGGCGCGCGCCGAGAUCUACGACGGGUCGUCGCCGCUGGAGCUCGUCGACGACGUCGCCGCGGCCAUCGAGCGCGAGUUCUACGACGCAUCCCUCAUGAAAUCCGGGGCCUGGCGCGCGGCCGUCGCCGCGGCGCGGGAGCGCGCGCUCGACGCGGACGGCGCCGCCGCGGGUCCCGCGAUCGUCGCGGAGUUGUGCAAAGCCACGGGCGAUCCCUACACGCGGUUCCUGCCGCCGCAGCUCGCGGCGGCGCUGCGGUCCACGGCGGCGUCCGGCGCGGCGGCGACGGGCGGCGUCGGCCUGCGCCUCGCCGCCGAGGACGCCGUCGUCGCGGAGGUGCUGCCGGCGUCGCCGGCGAGCCGGUCGCCGCUCCGCGCGGGCGACGCGCUCGUCGCCGUCGACGACGUCAAGAUCGCCACCGCCGCGGCCGCCGCCGCGGCCCUCCGGGGCGCGCCGGGCACGCGCGUCUCCGUCGCCUUUUUGCGCGACGGCAAGGCCGCGACGGCGACGCUCGAGCGCGCGCUCGUCGCCGCGGCGCCCGAGGUCGAGCUCCUGUCCGUCGACGAGGGGGGCUACGCGAUCGUCGCCGUCCGAGGCAUCUCCGGCGCGACAGCCACCGGCCUCGACGCCGCGCUGGAGGCCGCGCGGCGCCGUGGCGCGGCGCGGUUCGCGCUGGACCUGCGGGGCGACGGCGGCGGCAACGUCGACGGCGCGCUCGACGCCGCGGCGCUGUUCCUGGGCGGCUCGGCCUUGGUCGCGACGGUGAAGACGCGCGCGGCGACGGAGGCCCGCGUCGCGCCGCGGGGGCCGCCGCGCUACUCGGAGCCGCUCGCCGUGCUCGUCGACCGGGGGACCGCGUCCGCCGCGGACUGUGCCGCGGAGCUCCUCGCGGGCGCGCUCCAAGCGCGGAAGCGGGCGGUCCUCGUCGGCGGCGCCCGGACCUACGGCAAAGCGCGCAUCCAGCGCGCGCUCGACCUCCCGGGCGGCGGCUCCGUGCUCGUCAGCCGCGCGUCCUACCUCACGCCCGACGGCGCCGACCUCAACGGCGUCGGCUUGAAGGCCGACGUCCUCUGCGACGGCGACGCCCGCGCGUGCCUCGCGAGCGACCCGCGCACGCGGCUGUAA